CCACUUGCUAUUCCGUAGUUGAACUCAUCAUGGCUUCCGCGGAACCGCAGCCGCGUUUCGGGCAGUCUGUUAAAGGAUUAUUGUCCGAUAAAGUGAGCUGUUGUAGUGGAGAUGUGAUUGCGCUCACUCGCCAAGUGCUGAAAGGAUCACGCAGCCAAGAGCUCCUCGGGCACGCAGCUCGGAACAUGGUGAUACAGGAAGAUGCCAUACUGCAUUCAGAAGAUAGCCUCAGAAAAAUGUCAAUUAUAACCACCCACUUGCAAUACCAGCAAGAAGCCAUACAGAAGAAUGUCGAGCAUUCCAAAAACCUGCAAGACCAGCUUAAACAUGUCCUGAAGUAAAAUGACACGAGGGGUGCCUUAAAAUGAGGAAUUAUGGGAUCCAUUCCCAGAUAUUGCACUAACACUAUUAAUAUUAGUGUAACUGUACAAUAUAUUUGUCUGCUUUUGAGAGUCAGGGUCUGUAGGGUAUUUGGCCUUGAAUUACAGGAUCAUUUGCGAGAUAUGAAAUUUGUGGAUUUCUCUCUGUAAUGAUAUAAAUAUAUACUCAGACAUACUGUCCUGGAAGGGUGCACAGAAGUUAGGGUUAUACUGUAUAACAGCAAUGAAAAAUGCACAGUAUUUUUUACUCACUUUUUACAUGAUGUUUACAACACAUUUUAGAAACUUGAGGAAUCUGUAACUUAUGACCUGCUUAACUGAUCACAGACGUACCCACAUGAACAGGUGUUUCUUGGAGACAAAUGUGCAUUCCUAGGAUGUGUCACCAGCCAACUAUGAGUCCAUAGCUGUGGACCUAAUGGUAUAGUUCAGUUUUAGCUGAUACACUGUAGACUGUAAACUUAAGUAAUAAUGCACACUAACUAACGAUGCACUGAAAUACUAGCCUUCUUUAAAAUCUGUACCAUUGUCAUUUACGCUUGUCUUGUCUGUGGCUCAUGUCAGGUUGAACCUGUUUUGGUUUUGCCUUUGUGUUUUUUUUUUUCUGGAUAUCAUUCAUGGCAACAUUGAAUAACAUUUUUUUUUUAUUUGAGUUUGUUUACAAUUCCUGUGACUGCAUCUCCCUCUGAAGAUCUGUAGAGUUGUGGUGAAUGUCGAAGGGGUGCAUGGAAAGGUUAUUUCAUUUUUCUGUAAAGCUUUUGGGUGUAAGAUGCUGCCCUCUUCCCAAUAUUUCUCAUGUUACAAGUUAAUGUGAUGGGUUCCAUUCUUGCCUAGUUGGCAUGUUUUCAUUUUGCAUGUAGCGUUUUUACUGCAUAUUUCAGUGGGGAGAAAAUAAAGUUUAAAAACAAAGAUCUGAUCGUCUUAACAGUGUUAUCGGUUGCUUAGUGAGGACUACAUUUCCUACUGCGUGUCACAUCUGCAAGCUCUAGAUAUUGUCAUCAGCACGCAUUCAGUUGUGUUUGGAUGACCCACGUAUGGAGAGUAGAUCAUUUUUAAACUGCUAAUCUGGAAUUUCUCCCACCUGAACUAGCUGGCAUGUAUUAGUAAUGUAAUAUCACAAUGUAAUAUUGUAAUGUAAUAUCAAAUAAUGUUUUAAGUAAAUAUGCUUAAAAAACUGAACUUUCAUUCAGUGAUCAGACAAUAGUGCUGGAAUAAACACGGAAUUCUGUUCUUAA